CCAUAGCCAGGGCUGUCAGUGACAGCUUCACCUUCCAUUAUCGUUACUGGCAUGUUUCCCAAAACAAAAAUGUCAGCUCUGGCUCCUCCUCUAGCUCUGCCUCUGCACUUCUAACCUGCUGCCAGUGUUUCUUACAUUGAACACCUGGUGCUGCAGUGUCCACUGUCUGCCUGCUGUGGGUGAAAGGCUAAGAUAUUUCCUUGCAAUGAACUCUCUCAGGUCAACUAACAUACAUGACCAAAGUCUGCUGGACGAAUUAUUGCCAGAUUUACCAAAUGGGCCACUGUCUGAGUACCGAAAAAAGGCUUCCUUUAACUGGAAGGAAAUGGUGUUCUUUUUGGAUGAUGAAGAUAUAGUCCAAUUUAAGAACAAAAUCUUUUCCACUCUUGAAAAUGACCCCCUUUUUUAUCGACAACCUGGUGAAGACUUAUCUUUAGAAAAGUACAGAGAGCUAACGUUUCAGCGCUGCAAGAGGAUCUUUGAAUAUGACUUUUUGACUUUGGAAGAGACUAUGGAAAAGCCCCAGAAAAUAUUGGCUCUAAUUAACUGUUUGGGCAUGUACGACUGGUCCUUGGGUACAAAAUAUUUUCUAAACACACAGGUAUUUGGCAGUGCUAUUGCCAAUGGUGGCUCAGAACGACAUCAGGCAAUUCUUCAGAAAACAAGAAACAUGGAGAUUUUUGGAUGUUUUGCACUGACAGAGCUCAGUCAUGGAAGCAACACCAAGGGUAUUAGAACAUCUGCAACCUUUGAUGCUUCUACUAAGGAAUUUGUUAUUAAUACACCAGAUUUUGAAGCUGCCAAGUUCUGGGUGGGUAACAUGGGGAAGACCGCCACACAUGCCCUUGUUUAUGCUCAGCUGUACACAUCUGAUGGGAGAUGCCAUGGUUUACAUUCCUUUGUUGUGCAGAUCCGUGACCCCAAAACACUUCUUCCUAUGCCUGGAGUGCUUGUCGGAGACAUUGGAAAAAAGCUCGGCCAAAAUGGGUUAGACAAUGGGUUUGCCAUGUUCCACAGCGUUCGGGUUCCUCAGGAUUGCCUUCUCAAUCAAACUGGUGACAUUUCGUCAAGUGGCACCUACACAAGUAAAUACAAGGAUCCCAAGCAACGUCUCGGAGCUUCUCUUGGUACCUUGUCCACCGGGAGAGUAUCUAUUAUUGGAAUGGCAGUGGUGAAUCUCAAACUUGCAAUAUCCAUAGCUAUUAGAUUUUCUGCAACACGUCGACAGUUUGGACCAACUGAUAUAGAAGAGAUCCCUGUCCUUGAAUAUCAGUUGCAGCAAUGGCGACUGAUUCCUUAUCUUGCUGCUACAUACGCUUUGGACUAUUUUUCCAAAUGCUUCUUCAUGAAUUUAAUAGAGCUUCAUAUCGGUAUUUUAAUGAAAGAUAAAAGUCAAAGACAGGCAGAGCUUGGCAGAGAAAUCCAUGCUUUGUCUUCUGCCGGUAAACCUCUGGCAUCAUGGACAGCACAGCAGGCGGCGCAAGAAUGCCGAGAAGCAUGUGGGGGUCACGGAUUUCUAGCGAUGAACCGUCUAGGAGACAUCCGGAAUGACAACGACCCAAACUGCACAUAUGAAGGAGACAACAACGUGUUGCUUCAACAAACUAGCAACUAUUUACUGAACUUGGCCCCCUCUCUAGGUGAUGAUAAUGUUACGUUUGAGACUCCUCUUGGAUCGGUCCAGUUUCUUAAUGAUUUUAAAAAGAUUUUGGGGCAAACUUUCAAAGCAAAAUCAAUGGAUGAAUGUCUAGAUUGUACAGUCCCCUUGGCAGCUUACAAAUGGCUGGUUUGUUAUUACCUUCGUGAGAGCCACGCUAAACUACAACACGAGAAAGAAAACACAAGUAUUGACUUUGACGCAAGAAACAAUAGCCAGGUGUAUUAUUGCCGAUCUUUAGCCUUGGCAUUUAUUGAGCAUACUGUAUUACAAAAAUACUAUGACUGUACUCAUGAUUCAAGUACACCGGCCAACCUUCAGCCAGUGCUGAAGAACCUGUGUUCCCUGUAUGGUCUGUGGUCAUUAAGUAAGCAUUUGGCAGUCCUCUAUCAAGGUGGAUACUGUACUGGUGAAAUGCCUGGAAAAAUCAUAAAGGGAGCCAUCAUAAAUCUCUGCGCAAAGCUGAAAGAUGAUGCAGUCUCUCUCGUGGAUGCUAUUGCUCCUUCAGACUUUAUUUUGAACUCACCUAUUGGCAGAUCCGACGGAGAGCUGUAUAAGAACCUGUGGUCCGCCGUAUUGCAAGGAGACAAGGUGUUGGAAAGGCCAUCUUGGUGGGCGGAAUUCUGUGCCAACAAACCUGUGAUUGGCCAGCUAAAAUCACACUUGUGAUUAUACAUUAAGUAACUGGACAUACAUUUAAAUGAGAUACCGUGUUCUUUACGAAUAGUCUUGAAUGAAAACUGAUUUGCAACCUUGUGUAAAAAUUAAUUAACUAAUCGGCAUAUGUCAUGUUCUAAUAAUAAUAUUGUAUCCUUGAAUUUCCCUAUGGGUGUACAAAGCAUUGAUGAUCAAUGUUGUGACAUUUACCAUACCCUCACAUGAUGGAGUAGAAUGGAAACAAACUGUAUGUAUAUUUUGUUUACCACUGAAAGUGUUGGGUCACUUUGGGCAAUGCCAAUUGUGUACAUGCAUGCAAAGUAAUUGUAGUUUACAAAGUCCUAUUUCAAGUAUCUACAACAUUUUUAGUCUUCAAUCAACACCUGGUUGCUGUCUUAAUACACACCAAAUCAUUCCACACCACAUGUCAUGUGCUAGACAUUUACUAGGCAUGAGCAGAGAGCUCAUGUGGGUGUGUUUGCAUUCU